AUGGUCAAUCCCGUGAAGAAAGUUAAGAUUGUCAAGAAACGCACGAAACCCUUCAAGCGUCAUCAGUCAGAUCGUUAUAAAUCAGUAAAGGAAUCAUGGAGAAAACCCAAAGGUAUUGAUAAUCGAGUUCGACGCCGAUUCAAGGGUCAAUUACCAAUGCCAAAGAUCGGUUACGGCUCAAAUAAAAAAACCCGUCAUCUGUUGCCCAAUGGUUUCAAGAAAUUCCUCGUGUCCAACGUCAGAGAAUUGGAACUAUUACUGAUGCAUAACAAAACUUACGCUGCCGAAAUAGCACAUAAUGUUAGCUCAAGAAAUCGAUUGAAGAUAAUUGAAAGAGCAGCUCAAUUGUCAGUUAGAAUAACUAAUGUUAAAGCUCGCAUUGAAACUCAAGAAGUUGAUUAA